UGAGCAACUGAGAGACCUAGCCCACUGUGUAAGCAAGUGGACUUUGUGCUGUACCAGACGACCAGUCAGGAUUUGGAACUAAGAAACCUUUCAAGCAAGCUUCCACAUUUCCAGCUGAGGAUUUAUUGAUUGGAGAUUGUUUUAAUGUUAUUAAUACCCUUGCCAUUCCAAUAGAAUUACUGUAUCUCUUCUCAAUUCUAAGUAAUUAAUCCGAUUUAAAUAUUGUUGAGUGUUUUGUAGACUUUUGCACCUGGCUCCAAGGUUCUGGUUAUCACUUUGAGAAUGAAGCCCAUGCAAAGACUGUUUCAGCUGCCGGUGACUGCUGUGAAUCUAGUCAAAAACGCUCAGACACCAGAGGAAGCUAAGAGCCCGGUUUUGUCACCUGAUGGCGGGCAGCAAACAUGGUAUAAUGCCUUGCAGUCGGAUGAGCUGCGGCUGUUAAGAACGCCGGAUCAGGAGACGCCAUUGGACGAGACUGCACCCAGUAGCGGCCAGACUCAGCCACUGCGACACGAUGACCUGAAAGAAAUGCUGGACAGUAACAAGGACUCCCUGAAGCUGGAGGCUAUGAAGAGGAUUGUCGCUAUGAUUGCCAGAGGAAAGAAUGCUUCAGACCUGUUUCCGGCAGUUGUCAAGAACGUGGCCUGCAAAAACAUUGAGGUGAAGAAGCUAGUGUAUGUGUACCUGGUCCGGUAUGCAGAGGAACAGCAAGACCUGGCGCUGCUCUCCAUCUCCACCUUCCAGAGGGGGUUAAAGGACCCCAACCAGCUGAUCCGAGCCAGUGCACUGCGAGUUCUCUCCAGUAUUAGGGUCACCAUUAUCGUUCCCAUCAUGAUGCUGGCCAUCAAGGAAGCAGCGUCCGACAUGUCCCCCUACGUUCGCAAGACAGCCGCCCACGCCAUCCCCAAACUCUACAGUUUGGACCCAGAUCAGAAGGACCAGUUGAUUGAAGUUAUUGAGAAGCUCUUGGCAGACAAAACAACGCUGGUAGCAGGCAGUGUUGUGAUGGCGUUCGAGGAGGUCUGCCCCGAGCGGAUCGAUCUCAUUCACAAGAACUAUCGCAAGCUGUGUAACCUGCUCAUUGACGUCGAGGAGUGGGGCCAGGUGGUGAUCAUCAACAUGCUGACCCGCUACGCCAGGACCCAGUUCCUCAACCCUAACCACAACGAGUCGCUGCUGGAGGAGAGCGCAGAGAAGGCGUUCUACGGCUCUGAUGAGGAGGAGACGGAGGAGAAGGAUGAGAAGGAGGAGGUGGCUGCCCUGGCCAAGAGGAAGGCCUAUGUGAUGGACCCUGACCAUCGGUUGCUCCUGCGCAACACCAAGCCCCUGCUGCAGAGCAGGAACGCAGCGGUGGUGAUGGCGGUCGCUCAGCUCUACUUCCACCUGGCUCCAAAAGCUGAGGUUGGUGUGAUCGCGAAAGCCCAGGUGCGCCUGAUGAGGAGCCACAGUGAGGUCCAGUAUGUUGUUCUUCAGAAUGUGGCAACCAUGUCUAUCAAGCGCAGGGGAAUGUUUGAGCCAUACCUGAAGAGCUUUUACAUCCGGUCUACAGACCCUACCCAGAUCAAAGUGCUCAAGUUGGAGGUUUUGACCAACCUGGCGAAUGAAACUAACAUCUCCACCAUCCUAAGGGAAUUUCAGACCUACAUUAAGAGCAUGGACAAGGACUUUGUCGCCGCUUCCAUCCAAGCCAUUGGUCGCUGUGCCACCAACAUCGGAGAGGUGCGGGACACCUGCCUGAAUGGACUGGUGCAGCUGCUCUCAAACCGGGACGAGCUGGUGGUUGCAGAGUCAGUGGUGGUGAUUAAGAAGCUGCUGCAGAUGCAGCCUGCUCAGCACAGUGACAUCAUCAAGCACAUGGCUAAACUAACUGACAGCAUCCAGGUCCCUAUGGCUCGGGCCAGCAUCCUGUGGCUCAUAGGGGAAUACUGCGAACACGUUCCCAAGAUCGCCCCCGACGUGCUGAGGAAGAUGGCAAAGUCCUUCACCAACGAGGAAGACAUCGUCAAGCUGCAGAUCAUCAACCUGGCUGCCAAGCUGUACCUGACCAACUCCAAACAGACCAAACUCUUGACCCAGUAUGUUCUCAACUUGGCCAAGUACGACCAGAACUAUGACAUCAGAGACCGAGCGCGCUUCAUCCGCCAACUGAUCGUCCCCACAGAGAAGAGCGGGGUCCUCAGCAAGUACGCCAAGAAGCUGUUCCUGGCCCUGAAGCCAGCGCCUGUCUUUGAGUCACCUUUUAAAGACCGGGACCACUUCCAGCUUGGCUCACUGUCCCACCUGUUGAACGCCAAGGCCACCGGCUAUCAAGAGCUGCCCGCCUGGCCAGACGUGGCCCCCGACCCAUCAGUGCGCAACGUGGAGCUAGAUGAAGUGAUCUCGCCGAGCGAGGGACGGAUCGGCUUGUUAGGAGACUGGCGAGAGGUUCCUGAAUGGACCAAGUGCAGCAGCCGUGAGAAGCGCAAGGAGAAAGUGGAGAAGCCAUUCUACUCUGAUUCUGAGGGAGAGUCUGGACCCACUGAAUCUGCAGACAGCGAGUCGGAGCUGCCAAGUGAGUUGGAGAGUGGAGGUGGGAGUGGGAGCGAGGAGGGCGGCUCUGGAUCGGGUAGCGAGGAGAGUGACGAAGGCUCUGAGUCUGGGAAAGAGAAAAAGAAGAAGCCUGAAAAGAUCAAAGUCAGGAAGACCCUACCGGAGAGCGCAGAAAGCGAGCACAGCGGAGAGGAGGAGAAGAGCGUGAGGAAGAGGAAGGAGAGGAAAGCUAGCUCUGAGUCUUCAUCUGAGGAAGAGGAGGAGAGCUCUUCUGAAAGCAGCUCGUCCGAGUCCGAGUCGGAAGAGGAAUCGGAGUCUGAGCCUGAGACCAAGAAGAAGAAGAAGAUCACACUUUCCAAACCGGCUCCUAAAGAACCCAAAAAUGAGGUCUCCCUCCUUGACUUGGAUGACUUCAUCCCCACCCCAUCCCCUCAGAUGACCCCCAUCAACAACAUUGUGUCCAACAGCCUGGCCAAUGACUUGCAAGGGCUGUCCUUUACUGACAGCUCCCUCUCCCCGACGAUGAUCAGCCCCUCGUUCAGCUCCGUGAAAACCUACGAGCUUCUGCACCGCAUCACCGGGGAGGGCCUGGCGGUGGAGUACUGCUUCAGCCGCCAGCCCUGCAGCCUCGACCCGCACAUGGUGGCAGUGCAGAUCCAGUUCAGCAACAACACAGACACCGAGGCCAAGAGCCUGCGCAUCCAGGAGCCCAAACUCAUGUCAGGCAUGAGGAUGCAGGAGUUCCCUGAGAUCGAGGUUCUGGCUCCUGGUGAAACAGUCACUGUCAGCAUGGGAAUUGAUUUCUGUGACUCCACGCAGGCUGCCAACUUCCAGCUGUGCACCCAAACCCGCAAAUUCUAUGUCUCAAUCCAGCCACCAGUGGGUGAGCUGAUGAUGCCUGUGUUCAUGAGUGAAAAUGAGUUCAAGAAAGAGCAAGUGCAGCUAAUAAAGUUGAGUAUGGGUCAUCUGAUGGGAAUGAAUGAGAUUAAUGAGAAGCUGACUCUGGGAGAGAAAUGCCAGAGUGACCACGCCAUCGUCCAGAGAGUGACCUCGGCCGCCAACCUGAGCAGGGUGCCCUGCGGGUCUGACAGAGAGUACAGAUUUGCUGCUAAGACGGUGACCAGUGGCAGCCUAGUGUUGGUUACCGUGGUGACGAAAGAGGGCAAGGCGGCCCAGCUGACAGUGAACUGUGAGAAGAUGGUGAUUGGCACCAUGCUGGUGAAGGACAUUCUUCAGGCUCUGUCACAGUGAUGGGACUGCGACCUUUAGCUGUACCAUCCCCUUAGACUGCAUCCAUAUGCUAUAAUACCCAGACACUUCCUGUCCCUUUCCCCAAGUCUCUCCUUCAGCCAGAAACCCAUGCUUGUCUUGGCCUUGGGAAAAUUCGAGUCAUGUUUGCAGAAUAUUCGUGUAGCUCUUGCUUGCUAGUAGCAUAACAUGUUUGCAGAAUUAAAUGGCAACGAGUUUGCAAGAUGUAUACAAAUGGAGCUCCAAGCUUUUCAAUAUAUAUUCUGAAUAUGUGGUAAACAAUCUGUUUUUUAUUUAUUAUGGGAGAGCUAACCAUUGCUUUAAAAUCAAAUGUAUUACCACUUAUUAGAUAUAAUAACAUGGUACCCCUUUAAUUCUCAUGAUUAAUACUAAUUCAGAAUAUGCAAUUAUUUCAAAUUAGAUAGAUAAUUUGUUUCCUUUGCUGUAGGUGUGAUUGAAGCUUCACCAUUGGACUGAGUUUGUACUACAGCACAUAAAGUGAUUAGGUACCGGGAAGUGUCAGCCACUUUUCAACUGUAGUGCUUUGAUUGAAAUGUCUGUUCACAACGCUUGAACUCAUUUACAUGAUCUUGUACAAGAACAAAGAAGUGUCUGGCUUUAUUUAGAAAAACAUAAAAUCAUAAACUGCAGGUGUUCAAAACAAGGGUAACAGAAAGUCUAUCGCAUUGGGGAAUUACACUCCAUUCAUAUAAAGUCUAUCACAUAGGGGAAUUACACUCCAUUCAUAUAAAUGUCCACACACUUUAUAUUUCCAAAGCAAGGUUGUCUCACACCUAAACUUACGCCACACAGGCUCUCACUCCUCACUCCACACUCCACACUCCUCACUCCACACUCCACACUCCACACUCCUCAUUCCUCACUGACACUACUCUUCUCAGACUGACCCUUUUUCCCUGUUUAAAUGUUUCCAUUAAUUGAAUAAAUACAGCUAAGCGAUGUUACAAGUUUCUCAUAAACUAAUAAUUACCGGGAAUUUCUUAACUCAAAGCUAGUGCUUUUCAGGCCUCUCGUGGCCAAUCCUGGAACUACAGGUAACCCAGACACCACCAACCUAGGCUGCCAACUUAUGGAAGAAGUCUGUUUUUAUGAGUAAAAUCAAGUUUGAUAUUUCUGAAACUGUUCGGGACUGUUGUUGGUUUUAUUAACUACAGUAAAGAACAGUUUAAUAAAUAUUUAAUAAAACUUUAUUUAAAUAACCCAUGUCUUAAAGCUUAGUGAAGAGAACUCAUUCAUAAUAUACGUAUGUUCUUAAAGCAUGGAAAUAGCAAACAUGUUACCCCCUUUGAAUAUGUUUUCAAAAGUUUGAUACUGUACAAGGAAAGAGAGAGUAGAAUGAAAAUGAAAUGGCAAUGAUUUUGAUUUCUUUAACACAUCAGUGACAUUGUUUAUUAUUUUCCCAGGCAAAAAGGGCUUGUUAGUCACAGCUGAAGGAAUUUGCUCUGUAGUGUGAUCACCUCCAUGAUUAUUCCUGGUUUCAUUUCUGCCUAGCGUGAAUGUAGCCUGUAUUAAUGGGAUAGCCUGAUACCACAAACCGCCUUGUUGAUUACCAAAGUGUAUGGAGCCCUGCUGACAAAACCUGGAAAUCACCAUUCAUUUAAAGAGGAAACAACCAAAACCUUUCAUAACAUUUCCACACCAAGUAUCUGCAAGACUCUUAGCAUUUCUUUUUUGUUGUCUUCCAAACUCACUUUUUCUAACAAAGUCAAAAUAUCCUCCCUAUAUAUACACAGGGGUGUAGUGCUGGGGGGGUCGGGGAGAGCACCCCCCCCCCCUUCUCUUGGGCAGGGAGAGCACCGCUUCCAUGCUUCACGGGUAGAAUAUUGAACUGUUUUGCUCCUGUUAAUAUAUGGAUAUACAUGUGUAUAACCCAAAAAAAUUAUCAAAGAAUACAAUAACUGUAAGAACCCCUUGAGAGAUAAGUAAUGAAAAAGUUUAAUUAUACCUGUAUCAACGCUGUGCUGAGAUGAGCGUUUUACAAUUAGAUGUAAUAAUUGGAACAGUUCUUAUUUUUAGACCCACAUGUCAGAAAUCAAGUAGAUCAAAUAAGCUAAACAUUUAUUUAAAAGAUAAAAAUAAAUCACAACAAACAAAUAAAGGGUAUCUAUUGCCUUACACAUAUUUUUUUUGCAAACAGAUGCACUUCUGUUUCAAAACCUCAGUCUCAUUCGCUCUUAAGCGGCUGCAAUAGGACAGUGAGACGAGCUGAUUCUGAACCAAACCAUUCAAUAUACGAGAAGGGGGAGCAGGGGAGUGUUAUGCAUGGAUUAAUUAAAAUAAUUGCGGCAUUUUAAUCAUGUGUGUAUUAGUUUAUGAAACUGGUUGUGAAAAUAUGUACA